AUGUCAGAGAGGAAGGAACGCCACAGAGCAGCCAAAAAUGGCGAUUACAAACAGAAUGACAAUGGUCUCGACAUGAAAACAUUAUUCGUGAGAUCUAUUCCCAUGGAUGUAACAGAUGAAGAAUUGACCGAUUAUUUCUCCAAUUUUGCUCCAACCAAACAUGCUGUGGUUGUCAAGGAUGUCAAUAAGAAAUCUAGGGGGUUCGGUUUUGUCAGUUUUGCUGUAGAAGAUGAUACAAAAGAAGCUUUGAAGAAAGCUAGACAGACCAAAUUGAAAGGUCACUUAUUAAGAGUUGAUAUUGCGAAGAGAAGAGAUCGUUCUAGUAAAUCUGAUGAUAAAAAUGAAGGUAAAGUGAAGACUGAUACAAUCGCUGUGGGUACUAGAGGUGAUGAUAAUGGAGAUGAACCUGAAGAAGUUGACGAAGAAUCUUUAUUGAAAGGUAAACCAAAGUUAAUUAUUAGGAAUAUGCCAUGGAGUUGUCGUGAUCCUGAAAAAUUGAAAAAGGUUUUCGGAAGAUUUGGUAACGUUGUUGAAGCUACUAUUCCAAGGAAACGUGAUGGUAAAUUAUGUGGGUUUGCAUUUGUUACUAUGAAGAAAUUGAGUAAUUGUCAUCUUGCAUUAGAAAAUACCAAAGAUUUGAAGAUUGAUGGCAGACCAGUGGCAGUUGAUUUUGCCGUCCAAAAAAAUAGGUGGGAAGAUUAUAAAAAGGGCCAUGAAAAUAAGGAAGAAUCAAAAGUAAAUGCUGACAGGGAAGACGAAGAUAUGGAUGUUUCAUCAGAAGAACCAGCUAAUAAUGAGGGCGACAAACAUACAGAAGAUAGUGAAGGAGACGAAGAAGAAGAAGAAGAGGAAUUAGAAGUGAAGGAAGAACGCCCAAGAAAAGGUAAAAACAAAAGAGAAGAUUAUUCGAUUUUUGUUCGUAAUGUUCCAUAUGACGCUACUGAAGAAUCAUUAGCAGCUCAUUUCAGUAAGUUUGGUUUAGUCAAAUACGCAUUACCCGUCAUUGAUAGAGCCACAGGUCUGGCUAAAGGUACUGCAUUCGUUGCCUUCAAAGAUGCAAUGACCUACAAAUAUUGUAUAGACAAUGCUCCAAAAGCAGGUGCUACAUCUUUAUUGAUUGGUGACGAUGUUCUUCCGGAAUAUGUUUACGAAGGUCGGGUCUUAUCCAUUUCACCAACUUUAGUAAGAGAAGAUGCUGAUAGAAUGGCAGAGAAAAAUGCAGAAAAGAGAAAAGAAAUUCUAGGGAAAGCUCCUGGUGAGCGUGAUAAACGUAACCUUUAUUUAUUAAAUGAAGGUAAAAUUGUUGAAGGUUCUAAGAUGGCAAGCUUACUUUCAGCUAAAGAUAUGGAAAUUAGAGAAAAAUCAUAUAAGUUAAGAGUUGAACAAUUAAAAAAAGACCCAUCUCUUUAUUUAUCAAUGACUAGAUUAGCCAUUAGAAACCUUCCAAGAGCUAUGACUGAUAAGGCAUUAAAGGCAUUAGGUCGUAAAGCGGUAGUGGAAUUUGCCACACAAGUAAGAAAUGGUGAAAGACACCCAUUGAGCAAAGAAGAACUUGAUAGGUCCACGAAGGAAAAGUACAGAUAUAUGUCACCAGAUGAGAUAGAACGUCAAGAUAAGAAGGACAAAAAGAGCGGGUUAGUUAAGCAAGCUAAAAUUAUUAUGGAAGUUAAGGGAUCCAGUGCCGGUAGAAGUAGAGGUUACGGGUUCAUUGAAUAUAAAGAUCAUAGAAGUGCAUUGAUGGGGUUGAGAUGGAUGAACUGUCAUUCUGUUACAGAAGACGAGAUCUUAGAAUGUCUAACGGAAGAAGAAAGGAAACUAAUCGAUGCCGAUGCCACAAAGGGUAGACGCCUAUGUGUUGAAUUUGCCAUUGAGAACUCUAAUGUUGUUAAAAGAAGAAGAGAACUUACUCAAUAUUCCAGAGAAAACUCGAAAAGAAGACGUGAGGAAGACACUAAACCUGAAGUAGCCGAAACGUCGAAUAAAAAAGCAAAAAAGGAUGCCGCUAAGCAAGUGGAAGCAUCUGAUAAUAAGAAGUCUAGUGGCAUGAGUGAUGAUGUCAAACGUCUGAUCGGUAUAAAACGUAAGAGGAGACAAGGUAAGAAAUAA